CCCACUCCUACAAUUAUACUUUUCAUUCUCCCUCCCUCUCCCUCUCUCCCUCUCUCUCUCUCUCUCUCGGGGCAAUCUGUUUUCAGCUGGAUUUGUAGACGAAACACAAGAUUCCGCAACGAAGAUGAUGUUUGUUCUCUGUUGAUAUGCUUUCUUUUGUGAAGAAGUUAAUUGGCAACUUUUAAAGCCUAUGAUGUAGCUUAUUUUAGUGAAAUCGAGGUCUGCUAUCAUCAAACAUCUACCUGUCCAAGGAAAAUAGGGCUUCUAUUUUGCUACUGUGAUGCCAAAACUAAUUACUAAUCAAUAACAGUUCAUUGAAAAAUGCUUUUACUGUUUGGAUUGGAGAAUGAUCCUCCCAAUAAAGAUUUGGAAGAUUAGCCAGCUAAACACGUACCAGGCAGACAGCUUCAGUAGGCUAUGCUUCAAUGCAAGCAUCACAGCAGCAUAGAAUUUUAGGCAUGUCCAAGAGAAGGUACUAUCAGCCAGCGCAAGAGGUAGAGGCCUACUGCUUGCCUCGGUUUGAAACAGUAGACCACCAACUAUGCUAUAACAACAGCAACUAUGGAACCAAUUUCUCUAGUCUAUCUUCAAGCCAGCAGUACUGCACACUGGAAUCAUCCUUCGCAACUGGCAGUUACCAUGUUCACAAGUCUCCAUCCACCAUCAGUUUCUCACCCAAUGGAAGCCCCAUGUCACAGCAAGAUUCUCAUUCUUGCCAAGUUGAUCCACACCAUUCACCGGACAACAACAAUAGCUCUCCAGUAAGUGGAUCCUGCAUAACUGAUGAUGCCAAUGACCUGAGGCAUAAGCUGAGAGAAUUGGAAAAUGCUAUGCUGGGACCUGAUUGUGAUGUUCUCAACAGUUAUGACAGUUCCUUCCAAGGAGAGACCAGCAUAACGUCAUCAGAUAUAAACAGCUGGAGACAGAUGAUCCCAAGGGGGGAUUUGAGACAGAUUCUCAUUGCCUGUGCAAAAGCACUCUCAGAUAAUGAUAUAUUGACAGCAGAAUGGUUGAUGGCUGAGUUACGUCAAAUGGUGUCCGUUUCUGGUGAACCAAUUCAAAGGUUGGGAGCAUAUAUGUUGGAAGGCCUUGUAGCGAGGCUUUCAUCCUCAGGGACCACAAUCUAUAAAGCUUUGCGAUGCAAAGAGCCAGCAAGCGAUGAGCUCCUAUCCUACAUGCACAUUCUUUAUGAGGUCUGCCCCUACUUCAAAUUUGGAUACAUGUCUGCGAAUGGUGCCAUUGCAGAAGCCAUGAAAGAUGAAAAGAGAGUCCACAUAAUUGAUUUUCAAAUAGCCCAGGGGAGUCAGUGGAUAACUCUAAUACAGGCCUUUGCAGCUAGACCUGGUGGACCGCCCCAUAUCCGCAUAACUGGUAUUGAUGAUUCCACAUCUGCUUAUGCCCGCGGAGGUGGUCUCAAUAUUGUGGGGAAAAUGCUAUCCAAGCUUGCAGAGUCAUUUAAGGUGCCAUUUGAGUUCCAUGCAGCUGCCAUGGCUGGCUGUGACGUUCAGCUCAAGAAUCUCAGAGUUCAACCAGGGGAAGCUCUGGCUGUGAAUUUUGCUUUCAUGCUGCACCACAUGCCAGAUGAGAGUGUCAGCACCCAGAAUCACAGAGACCGGCUGUUGAGGCUGGUGAAGGGCCUGUCACCGAAGGUAGUGACCCUUGUUGAGCAAGAGUCUAACACAAACACAGCUCCAUUCUUCCCACGAUUUCUUGAGACACUGAACUACUACACUGCCAUGUUUGAAUCAAUUGAUGUGACUCUUCCAAGGGAACAUAAGGAACGAAUCAACAUUGAACAGCAUUGCCUGGCCAGGGAUGUUGUUAAUAUAAUAGCCUGUGAGGGGGCUGAGAGGGUGGAGCGGCAUGAGCUUCUGGGGAAGUGGAAGCUGCGGUUUGCAAUGGCAGGAUUUACUCCAUACCCACUGAGCUCCUUGGUGAAUGCCACAAUCAAAAGACUGCUGGAGAACUAUUGUGAUAAGUAUCGGCUUGAAGAGAGAGAUGGAGCUCUGUAUCUUGGUUGGAUGGAUAGAGAUUUAGUUGCGUCCUGUGCAUGGAAAUAAAACUGGACUUGACCUGCAACUUCCCUAGGUCUGUAACUUGAGUGGAACCUUUCUUUCCUCUCCUGCUGUUUGUUAGCUGUUAAGAGCUUACAAGAAUUUGGAGGGAAGACCCUGCCAUCCAUUGUGUACCCUUUAUCAAUUAAAAUUAGCUUUUUGGUCCUUUUGAGACUCUUCAA